AUGAUGGCGAUGGUGCCUCUGACCAGCUCAGGUCUUCUUCCUCUGCUGGAAUCUCUGGAGGAUAGCACAGCCGGACAACCUGAGCAGACAGACGCCUACCUCACUAUUGCCAAGUAGGUGCUUUAGUUGGACAUGCAUAGCCUGUAGGAUGACGUUGUUAUCCUUAGAUGCUGAUCUAAGGGCAUGUUAGGUGUAUAUUUUUCUGUCUAAUGAGCUAAGGUAGGAGGUAGAUCUGUGCCUUGGGUAACUCCAUAUAAUAUGCCUAUUUUUCUAUCCUAAAUGUACACUAAUUCCUGGGACUGAUUUGUCUUUUCAGUCGUCUCAGUGGAGAUGAUGGAAAGCAAUUCCUCCCUGCAGUAGUAAAGCACUUUUCACGUUUGGGUAAAACUUUCCAGGUGAGUGCAUGCUUUACGUGAAGAAUAUUUAUAAAGCAAUACAACUUUUGUUUUAAGCUUUCAUUGACUUAGGGAUACUGUCAUAAAUGUCCAGUUAUAAUGCUAUUGUCAUGUGUUUAUCAUGUUGUUUUAGACCCAUAUCUUCAGUCAGAAUGCAGAGCUGUGCCAAGCUGCACUGCAGGCCCUGGGGUUCUGUGUGUUUCAUGUCCACGUUGUCUCUGCUAUCCCAGGUACUGAACAAGCAGAACUCUUCAUAGGUUUACAUGGGACUAGUGUAACUGGCACAGAUAAGCUUAGUCCUAGACUAAAAAGCAACAAUCCAGAUUUCCAUUGAAACUACUUUGUACUCCAAAAGUAGGCUUAACCCUUUAGACCACAAUAGAAUUCUAGAAUGCAGCUGUAGAUUACAGAGAAUUUUGAAGAUUAAACUCAUUUUCUCACAUUUCAAACAGACAUGGCUCAAAAACAAAGAACAAAUGACAAUUACAAGUUAACUUAGUUUUAAAGAGCACAACCUCUUCUUUGAUAUGACCCCACAUUCAUGUCAAUAAGAAUAACACUAAUUUGAUCUUCCAGUGUGUAAAAACACACACUAUAAAAAACCGAUUAACACUCAACAAAACAUAAACCCUAGUGUUUAAAUUGUAGUUAAUUUGACUAAAUUACUCACUCAAAUGUACCAAGUAUAAUAUAUUGUAAAUAUUAUUUACAUACAAAUAUUUAAAAAUAUUCCAUAAUGUGACCAGAGGACAAUAUUCAGAAAGUAUUUCAAAACCCACACAAAGUAGGCUAUUUGAUCGACAACGAUUCUUACUUCUGUAACAAUGUAAAAAUGCAAACAACUAUUCAGAAACUAUUUCAACAUGUAGAUAACCUCUCUCAAUAAGAUUUAGUACAUACCAGGCCUGACACAAAAGGUAGAAAUAGUAGCUUACUUUGACAACAAUUCAGUGAAUGCAACAAGUAUUAGAUACAGAUAAAGAGAGAAGAUGCAAAACCCAACUGUUCAGAGAUGAUUUUAAAAGGUACACAAUUUCCCUAUAAGAUUUGUAGGUCAAAUUCAUGUCACACUGUCACUUGAGUGUUUGCAUUUAGCCUACAACAUGCCAUGAAACUUCUUGAAGCACGUCCCCAUCCUACAAAGUGGCAGGUGUAUAAAAUUGAGCACACAGUCAUGCAAUCUCCAUAGAGAAACAUUGGCAGUAGAAUGGUCUUACUGAAGAACUCAGUGACUUUCAACGUGGCACCGCACAGUGAUAGGAUGUUUGUACAAUUUCUGCCCUGCUAGAGCUGUCCCGGUCAACUGUAAGUGCUGUUGUGAAGUGGAAACGUCUAGGAGCAACACCAGAUCAGCCGCGAAGUGGUUCGCCACACACGCUCACAGAACGGGACCACUGUAGCGCAUAAAAAUCAUCUGUUCUCGGUUGCCACACUCACUACCGAGUUCCAAACUGCCUCUGGAAGCAACGCCAGCACAAGAACUGUUUGUCGGGAUCUUCAUGAAAUGGGUUUCCAUGGCCCAGCAGCUUCACAGAAGCCUAAGAUCACCACGCGCAAUGCCAAGUGUCUGCUGGAGUGAUGUAAAGCUCGCUGCCAUUGGACUCUGGAGUAGUGGAAACGCAUUCUCUGGAGUGAUGAAUCACGCUUCACCAUCUGGCAGUCUGAUGAACUAAUCUGGGUUUGGUGGAUGCCAGGAGAAUGCUACCUGCCCAAUGCAUAGUGCCAACUGUAAAGUUUGGUGGAGGAGGAAUAAUGGUCUGGGGCUGUUAUUCAUGGUGAAGGGAAAUCUUAAUGCUGCAGCAUACAAUGACAUUCUAGACGAUUCUGUGCUUCCAACUUUGUGGCAACAGUUUGGGGAAGGCCCUUUAUUGUUUCAGCAUGACAAUGCCCACGUGCACAAAGAAAGGUCCAUACAGAAAUGGUUUGUCGAUUCAAUUGACAUUUAGCAGACGCCCUUAUCCAGAGCGACUUACAAUUAGUGAGUGCAUACAUUUUUCAUACUGGCCCCCCGUGGGAUAGGUGUGGAAGAACUUGACUGGCCUGCACAGAGCACUGACCUCAACCCCAUCGAACACCUUUGGGAUGAAUUGGAACGGCGACUGCAAGCUAGGUCUAAUCGGCCAACAUCAGUGUCCAACCUCACUAAUGCUCUUGUGGCUGAAUGGAAGCAAGUCCCCGCAGCAAUGUUCCAACAUCUAGUGGAAAGCCUUCCCAGAAGAGUAGAGGCUAAUAUAGCAGCAAGGGGGGGAACAACUCCAUAUUAAUGCCCAUGAUUCUGGAAUGAGAUGUUCGACAAGCAGGUUUCCACAUACUGUUGGUCAUGUAGUGUAGCUUGUUGUCUUUGUUGGGAGGGAGUGAGACGAUCAAGUGACAGCGUCGGGAGGGAUGCACAAUGUUGCAUCCAAUUCUCGUGUUCUUGCCUGACAGACUAACUACAGAGUUCGCCAAUGUUAGCUGAUUAGUUAUGAAGCUGGGACAGUUUCCAAAUGAAUUGUAUCGUUAGAAACCGGACAAAACAUGCAACUUGUUAGCUGGCUAUUUAAAUAAAUAUCACUGCAACUCUAUCAUAUGAGAUCCACUGCGCGGGCAUCAACCAUAAUAUGACAGCUAAGCAGUCAAAUAAUAGGAAAACAAGGCAAUGUAUAGCCUAUGAAUAUCUGUACCUAGCAAACAAACCAUAACCUAAGCCCAACAGAUAAACACACAUUACUCUGAUCUCCAUUUCGGAGGCUAGAUAGCUGGUUGUCUGUGUGGCUAGCUAGUGAAAGUGACAGCUGAGCUCGACGCUUCGCAAGCUCAGCCCAAAUUUACCGCCACAAUUUUUCUUGCCUGACAAGCAGCUUGGGCCGUUUCCAUAUGAAUUACAUCGGUAGAAACAAGACUACAAGACAAGACUAGCUGAAUAGAUACAGCUAAACACUGCAACUAGUCCCAUGAGACAGAGAACAAUCAUUCAAGCUCCUGCUCCACCGCUGAUGUGCUCGCCUGGCUGUAGCAACCAAGUGAUCGUGACAGGAUUUGCUAAUCUGAGAGCUAUUCCCCAAGUUUCACAGCAUCAAACAUCAACAACACCAAGCAUACAGUGGGGAAAAAAAGUAUUUGGUCAGCCACCAAUUGUGCAAGUUCUCCCACUUAAAAAGAUGAGAGAGGCCUGUAAUUUUCAUCAUAGUUACACGUCAACUAUGACAGACAAAUUGAGAAUUUUUUUUCCAGAAAAUCACAUUGUAGGAUUUUUAAUGAAUUUAUUUGCAAAUUAUGGUGGAAAAUAAGUAUUUGGUCACCUACAAACAAGCAAGAUUUCUGGCUCUCACAGACCUGUAACUUCUUCUUUAAGAGGCUCCUCUGUCCUCCACUCGUUACCUGUAUUAAUGGCACCUGUUUGAACUUGUUAUCAGUAUAAAAGACACCUGUCCACAACCUCAAACAGUCACACUCCAAACUCCACUAUGGCCAAGACCAAAGAGCUGUCAAAGGACACCAGAAACAAAAUUGUAGACCUGCACCAGGCUGGGAAGACUGAAUCUGCAAUAGGUAAGCAGCUUGGUUUGAAGAAAUCAACUGUGGGAGCAAUUAUUAGGAAAUGGAAGACAUACAAGACCACUGAUAAUCUCCCUCGAUCUGGGGCUCCACGCAAGAUCUCACCCCGUGGGGUCAAAAUGAUCACAAGAACGGUGAGCAAAAAUCCCAGAACCACACGGGGGGACCUAGUGAAUGACCUGCAGAGAGCUGGGACCAAAGUAACAAAGCCUACCAUCAGUAACACACUACGCCGCCAGGGACUCAAAUCCUGCAGUGCCAGACGUGUCCCCCUGCUUAAGCCAGUACAUGUCCAGGCCCGUCUGAAGUUUGCUAGAGUGCAUUUGGAUGAUCCAGAAGAGGAUUGGGAGAAUGUCAUAUGGUCAGAUGAAACCAAAAUAUAACUUUUUGGUAAAAACUAAACUCGUCGUGUUUGGAGGACAAAGAAUGCUGAGUUGCAUCCAAAGAACACCAUACCUACUGUGAAGCAUGGGGGUGGAAACAACACGCUUUGGGGCUGUUUUUCUGCAAAGGGACCAGGACGACUGAUCCGUGUAAAGGAAAGAAUGAAUGGGGCCAUGUAUCGUGAAAUUGAGAGUGAAAACCUUCCAUCAGCAAGGGCAUUGAAGAUGAAACGUGGCUGGGUCUUUCAGCAUGACAAUGAUCCCAAACACACCGCCCGGGCAACGGAGUGGCUUCGUAAGAAGCAUUUCAAGGUCCUGGAGUGGCCUAGCCAGUCUCCAGAUCUCAACCCCAUAGAAAAUCUUUGGAGGGAGUUGAAAGGUCCGUGUUGCCCAGCGACAGCCCCAAAACAUCACUGCUCUAGAGGAGAUCUGCAUGGAGGAAUGGGCCAAAAUACCAGCAACAGUGUGUGAAAACCUUGUGAAGACUUACAGAAAACGUUUGACCUGUGUCAUUGCCAACAAAGGGUAUAUAACAAAGUAUUGAGAAACUUUUGUUAUUGACCAAAUACUUAUUUUCCACCAUAAUUUGCAAAUAAAUUCAUAAAAAAUCCUACAAUGUGAUUUUCUGGAAUUUUUUUUCUCAUUUUGUCUGUCAUAGUUGACGUGUACCUAUGAUGAAAAUUACAGGCCUCUCUCAUCUUUUUAAGUGGGAGAACUUGCACAAUUGGUGGCUGACUAAAUACUUUUUUUCCCCACUGUAGCUAUAUCUGCUGUUUUACUUAUUUCACUCACCUCGACAGCAUCGCUUUCAAAGUGCAAGGACGUGUCUGAAUCCGUAUCACCAAACAACAUAGAUACAGCCUCUUCCACAGUGAAAGUUUGGCUGCUUCGGUGCCAUCAUUUUUAGUAAUUAAGUGAUUUUUUUUAAAUUUUAAAAGUCAAAUGACAGCAUACCCUGUUUCUGGUUGAUGACGACAGCCACGCUAAUACGACACCGGGUUCUUAGCGAGUCAAUUUUGCGAAAUUGACAGAUAUUCUUCUUACAAAAACAAGGCCGUUCGUGGCCGCUAUAGUAAUUGAAAGAAAGGCUGUUGACGGCCACUAUGGGUUGUAAAGGGUUAUUAAUCUGUGUUCUGGAAACAAGCCUGUAAUGUAUAAGAAUGAAGAUAAUGUGAUUUGUAAUCCUCCUUUACGCUCCCUUUUUCCCCAGAUAAUUUUGCAGAAGAGCUAUUGUCAGCACUUUCCUCUCUGGUGGUGAAGUCCACAGACAAGAACACAUGCACACGAGCUUUAUGGGUAAUCUCCAAGCAGAACUUCCCUCCAGAGGUGGUGGCCAAUAAGGUGCCAGAGAUCCUGAGGGCCCUGGAGUGUGUGCGGACGAGAGAAGACAUCCAGUCUGUACUUAUGGAGCACGAGUCGCUGAAUGUUGUCAUAAGGUAAACAAACCCACCCACUCAUGUACUCUCUUACCUCUUAUUCAAUAGCUUUGGUUGGGUAUAUGACCAUCAUUUUGGAAUGCACAAUUUAAUGGUUCAGUUUGAUAACCGUGACACUAAGCUGAUGCAUGUUAUAGGAAUCUACCUUGCUCAACAUUCUGUCUCUGUUUUGGCUAGUGUUCAAGCUCUCUGGGCUGGAAAAGACUGUCCUGACUUUAUUUCAAUGAUCAUCAGCGUUUUCUCUGUCAUGACACACACUCUCUGUGGUCAGUUUGCUGGAGCAGGCCCCAGCCCAGAUGGGUGAGGUUGCAGUGCAGUGGGCCAAGCUGGUCAUCCCCCUGGUGGUCCACUCAGCCUCUAAGGUGCGCCUGCGGGCGGCAGCAGCCCUGGAGAUGGGCCUGCCUCUACUUCUGAAGAAACAGAAGGAGGUGGCUGCCAUCGUAGAACCUAUCAUGUCCUCAGUGAGUCUCUGUCAAUGUUUCUAGGCCAGGAUACUGUCAAAUCACUUAGUGACAACUGCCGAUGUAAAAAUUGCGUUAGAAAUGCAUUUGAUUGAAAUUGAAGUUUUGCAAAUGCAGCAUAUCAAACGCAGCAUGUUUGAUUCAGAUUUCUGCACAUUCUGACAACGCUUAUCUUGUUUCACUCCAGAAACUCAUCCCAGAGCUCCAGAAACUGUUCUCCACGAAGAACGAGACCAACGUGCUGAAACUCUGGCCGUUAUUUGUCAGGCUCCUGGGGAAGGUAAGGCUUGGUCAUUCUUUUUGGUUUGAAACCUAGCCGAUUUACUACUUAUUCGCUACUUAUCUACUACGUAAUGGUUAGGGAGUGAAUUAGGCAGUACAUGUAAUGAUCUGCUUGGCUCUUCAGAAGUUGUAUUGAAACACUGAAUUGUGUUCCAUCCCACAGCUGCUCCAUAGAGGUGGUCCCUUCAUCAACUCCCUGCUUGGCCUGGAGGAACUGGGCUUCCGUAGCUCCUCCCCCAACAUCAAGAAGAUCGCCUUCAUCGCCUGGAAGAGCCUCAUUGACAACUUCGCGCUCAACCCAGGUGGGUAACACACAAGACAACAUGCUUUGACUUAGUCCAGUUUUUAUUGAGUUGCCGCUUUUUAGACUUUAGUUUCAUCAGUAGUCCCGUGUAGCUCAGUUGGUAGAGCAUGGCGUUUGCAACGCCAGGGUUGUGGGUUCGUUUCCCACGGGGGACCAGUAUGAAAAAAAUAAUGUAAAAAAUGUAUGCACUCACUAACUGUAAGUCGCUCUGGAUAAGAGCGUCUGCUAAAUUACUAAAAUGUAAAAAUCAGUAGUUUCUCUUUAGAAUUUAUUUUAAUGGAAGUUUCUAUGACGUGGUUUGAAAGAUACUCUUGUAAUCAUCCAUUACACUGAGUCCUCACACAUUAUUUUCUAUGGAGACCAUGUGCUAAGAGACUUGAUUCUCACUGUUGAGUUAGGAAGUUUAUUAAAAUAUUACUCCUUAAACGGAAUACAAUGACGAGCACUCAAUAACAGUUGAACAUGUUACACUUUAUGUGUUAGGAGUUUAGGGUAGUUCUAUUCCAGGGGUCUCCAACCUUUUCAAGUAUGAGAGCUACUUGUAAAUUAUGAAACGUCACGCGCUACUCAUUAAUUUUUUCCUAGUUUAGGAUUUUUUCAGAUGACUCUCAAAAUUAGAAUUAUUCAUAGACAAACAAUGACAUUUGAUGUUCUGAGUCCAAUGGUUACAUCACAUCAGAAGACAAUUUUUGGGGGUUCGGAUUUUGUUGUCUAAUACCCCUUUAAUUGCGCAUUUUGCCAGUGAUGUUUUUGCUGCUGCAUAUGUCAUGACAGAGUUUGCAAAACAAAAGCCCACCCAAUUUAUAUAAAUAAUCAUGAUAUAAUUCUGCCAGUUAAGCCUACUUUGCAGUUAACUUUUAAUUGAGAAAGUUUGGGGGAAAGUCUGUCUACCCAGAAGAAAGUUAUCAUGAUCGCUAACUGGUUAAACAAAGUGGUUAAACAAAGUGAAUGAUAGACAAACGCGCGCACCACACAGACAUACAGGGGCAAUAUUGCUGGAAAAUAAUUGGCAGAUAAUUUGUCUUAAGACAAUUGUGGCUAGCAAGGGGUGGGAUUAUGUGGAUUUGAUUGGAUAAUAUGUGAGCUUGAAGUGUUUGAUACUUGUGAGAUUUGUUUGACAGUUUGCGGUGGAACGCGUGAAAAAUACAUGCAUUUUCAGAAUUGUUUAGCGAGCUACUCAUAGGUGGGCUGCGAUCGACCUGUUGGAGACCCCCUGUUCUAUACGGACUGUAACUGUCUGCCUGUCUCCUCUGUACUGUAGAGAUCCUGUGCAGUGCCAAGCGUCUAAAGCUGCUGAUGCAGCCCCUCAGCUCCAUCCAGGUGAGGACAGAGGCCCUCCUGCUCACCAAGCUGGAGGUCUGGUGGUACCUGGUGGUCAAACUGGGAGCCAACCUGCCCACACACUUUGAACAGGUACGGUUUGUGUUUUACCUACUGUUUAUAUACAUGUUUAUACUGCCCACUUUGAACAGGUGCAACAAGCAUUUCAUCUUUAUACUGGAAUACCAUAACAACCUGAUAAUGUGUUACGACUCGGAGCAGGAUUUGUUACUGGGGGAAUUAAGAGAUUACAUGAGAUUAGAUUCAGGUUUUCUUUUAUCUCUGACGUUUGCGUUCAAGGUAUUCAUUGCCCUUAGUUUUAAUCACGAUUGUGGUUUUGGGAAUGAAUGUGUUACUCUUGUUGACUAAUAGUCUGUUGUCAGGUUGGUGUACCUCUCCUCCAGUGCACCCUGGGCCCUGACUCGGCCUUCCCAGCCACUCCUGCUAGGAGCUCCAGCCAGUGCAGUGCUGUGGGGACCACUACUCCUAAAACUGGUACAGUCUCACUCUGACUGCCCUCAUCUACCUUCUAUUGACUAGUACUGGCAAAUAUCGUCUGCUGCGCAUUAGCUGUUUUGCUUUCGAUUUGCAUGCGUGACUUGCCGAUAUGUACUUGUAUUUACCUAGUAGCAUAUAGAACAGCAUCACUUAAUAUUCUCAUGUAGGAUAUACCUGAAAUGUGCCACCAGGAAUUGUCUUGUGGAAACAGUGGUCAUUGGAUGUAAAACAUAAUAAUAAAAAUCCCAACAUAUAUUACUCUUAGAUUAGAUUAAUACGUCAUUGAUUAAUCACUCUUUGUUUCCUCCCGCCCCACCAGGUUCCGCAGCAUUCUCUAGCACUGCGGUGCCCCGUCUGAACCUGAACACCAGUGUGGUGGUGGCCCAAGCCUAUCCCUCCAUCCAGCUGCUGGGACUAGAGAUGUUGUUGCACUACUUCCUGGGGCCAGAGGUCACAACCGCCGCAGCCAAGAACAAGCUGACACUCAGCCUGGGUGAGAGGAAAAGGAGAGGGAGGGGGUUAGAACUGCUACCAUAUAAAUAUAAUUGAAUAUAGAAAUAGAAUGAAUAGAAUGAUAUUUCUAUGGUUGCUACCACAGUUUUAUUUGCUACUCUCAGUGCUCAGUGGCGCUGUUUCUAAAUUCUUUGUUCUUUGAACCUGUGAGUGUAUAACUAAUUUUAAUGAAUGCCUGUGUUACCGUGGGAUGACACACACACAUUACCCAUGUGCAAUGCCUGUAAAGUAAACUUUGUGUCAGAUAAAAAUAGUUUGAGUUGGGACCUGCUUGCCUGUUUCUGACUUGACUGACCCUCUUUGUUUUCUCAGAACCUAUUACUCACCCCUUCCUGUCCAGCCCCUCCUCCUUCACCAAGCACGCCUCGCUGCUAAUCGCUGCUGUCUGUGACAGCUUCAUCUGCAUCGGCAAAGACGCUCCAGGUACCUACCUGCCCUCAAGUAACUCACUGCAACUGACAUUAGCAUAGGCUCAAUGACAGCCAUAAUGGCUCUGACGGCCAUUUUGUCUCCUGUACAGUAGAGUACCGAUGGGAUAAAAAAAAUUAUAGUUAUUUUGGACGCUAUUAUAUCUGUACUUUGACAAGUGUCGAUUUGUAAUUAUUAGAUUUUUUGCUGGGUAGCAUUAGCAUCCCCCCCCAAAAAAUGGUGAGCCAACAUGUUUUCAGCACUUUUUCCCCAUGUCUCUCUGCUAAGAACACCUUCCUAAUAUUGAGUUGCAACCCCCCCCCCCUUCUCACAGUUGUCAAGUUGGCUGGAUGUCCUUUGGGUGGACCAUUCUUGAUACACACAGGAAACUGUUGAGCGUGAAAAACCCAGAAUCUUGAGAAUCGCAAUACAUAUCGCAUCGGCACCUAAUUAUGGUGAUAAUAUUGUGUUGUGAGGUCCCUGGCAAUUCCAACCCUACAGUAGAGCCAUUGUAUGUAGUCUCAAAGACUGUUUCAAAGCCAGCCUCAGUGUAUAGCUGGUUCUUCCUCUGCCAGGGAGAGGGUAUAACUAAUCUAUGGCCCAGUUAGGAAAAAUGUAGGCGGAACUUCCUUCCACAAUGAAUGCUAUUCAGCUGGCCUUCCUCCAAGAGCAAUCAGAUCUGAUGUAAAAAGAUCUGAUGUGAUUGGUCAAAAUACCAAUUAGUGGGAAAAAAAUAUCAGAAUUGGGCUGCCUGUGUAAGUGCUCGCUCCAUAAAGGGGAUAGGAUAGCUUGACUUGCUGCCGUAGAAGGGCUCCUCACAUGGACUAGUGAUUGGAAACAGCCUCAGAGUCACUGCCUGGGGGUAGACGGGAGUUGGAAGGAAUGAUUGUGUGUCUGUAGGAGUGCAUGCGUGGGGGGUUCAAUGACUGUGCUACUUAAUGUGUGGUGACUCGCCUGUUCUCGAUCUAUCCCCUGCAGAUGCCUUGCUUACCCUUAUAUGGAAGAACCUCGUCAGUUUCGUAAGCACAACGAUUGAUGCUGGUGAGUGCCAGGGUCCAACCACAUCAGAUUGGAGUUAUAGAGAAAAUAACCCCUAUCAUGAUGUAGGCCUGCAGUUUAUCCAGGAAGCUCUGUAAUCUCACUCAUUCAUGAGCUAGUUUCAGCCUGCUAUAGCAGUGUUUCCCAAACGUCUCCUCGUUACCCCCAACCGUUCCACUUUAUGUAUUGCAGUACUCCCAACUAAUGAAAUGCAUGGUGAUUAGGUGACCAGGAGAGCCACUAAUUGUGCUAUUACUGGAAUACUUCAAGUAAGUGGAACGGCUGGAGAGGUUUGGGAAACAUUGCUCCAUAGGAAUGAUAGACCCCCAUGCUGCGCGCCUCACUCUGCUUGGAUGAGUAAUGCCAUAAAGUUUAACCUCACUCCAUCUUCAUUUAGUUGGCUAAUAAUGGUAAAUGUUCUGUUCUGUGGCUGCUGCUCUGUUGGACUGGCCCUUCCAGCCAUGGGGUCAGCCCUGCGGCCCCACACAGAGUACCACAGCUGGGCCUGAGUCCUGUUUCUCAGGGGGGAGAGCAGAGACCCCGGCCUCCCUCCACCCCAGGCCCAACCCCACUGUCAUCAGUUUAAGUCUGAGCGGACAUCAGACCUUCGGGUCUGGAACCGCUGUGACGAGGAAUGAAAUCUGAGGGGCCAGACCCCAGUGAUGACCUUCUUGUGUCCUUUCUCCUUGCCUCUUUCUCAAAAUGUAAAUUCAAGGUCCCUCCCCUUGGACCUUGCCAAUGUGUUUUGAGAAGGUGGUGAGGAAAGACAAAUGGAGAUCCACCCCUAGUAUGUUGUCUUUGUUUGUGUCUCAUCCUGUCCCUUGUACUUGUGUUAAUGUGACAGCUGGCCAUAAGAAGGAAAGGCAGGGCUCUGAGGUACUGACCCUACUGCUACAGGCUCUACAGAGCAUCAUCUCCUCAGAAGCCCUCCCUGCACACAGGGCUCUGGUAAGACCUGCCUCUACCGCUGUACUACACCUACUCUUAUUCUACUAAACCUCCAAUCAGGACUGGUCUUCUGGUAGCCCAUGUUAGUGGAAACUAAAAGCUAAAGUCUUACUAACUUCUGUAAAUGAGUCUGUUUUAGCCCAUGAGUUUUUGAUAAGUGUAAAAUGUCAGUGGACCAUCUUGAAUGUAGAUGUCCUACAUAUCUCUCAAUGCCCUAAAACUCCACUUUGCUUGUAAAUAAUGCUUUCAGUAUAUGAUUUUCUUACUUCCUCUAUCAAGAGUCUGCUGGAAUUGACAGUGAAGGGUAUCCCUCAGCGGGUACUUGGAUCUGCCUCUUACCAAGUGGGCAAAAUGGAUGUACUGAAUGUGAGUUUCUACCUCUUCUCUUUCUGUUCAGCUGUAUGCAGGGUGUAUAUGAUUAUGCUGUUGACACAGAUCUAGGAACCACUGGGAAAGGGACCAUGGAAGCAACACAGUUUCCUUACGUUAUAGUUACGUAACGCAUAAUAAAUGUAAAUGCAAUAUAUGUCCAUCCAGUUGCUUCCUGCUAGCUCUGGCUCCUUCCUUUGUUGCACACAAUCUUAAAUCUGACCCAUAAAAGCUGAACUAUAGAAGGUUCCCUGUGACUGUAGACUCCUAUGACGCCAUAGGGAUGAUAACCCUGUGACCUGCUCUAUAAAGAAGUCUUCUCUAGAUCAGUGUAAAUGAACAUCCUGCAGUUUCUUUGAUAUGGCAGCCAAAGGGCUCUUAGCAAAUCUCUGGGGUAGUGUUGUGAAUUCUGUGUGUGUUCCUGUGUGUGGUGUGGUUACAUUGUUGUCUCCUCUGUCUCUGCCCCAGGGAACCCCAGCUCUGUUCCUGAUUCACCUGUUCUACAACCGCAGUCUGGUGGCAGGGAUCGUAGAGGAUGAGAGGUGGGUUUCCCCCUAACUGAAGUCUCUUCCAUUCCCCUGUCUUUCCAUAAACAAAUAUAGAAACCACAUGUAUUUUUCCGGUCUUAUUUUAGUUGUAUCGGUCUCUGCUCCCACACAGGUUCUUCCUGUGUUUUGAGACAUUGGUGAGCUGUGGUCUGUCCGGCCCCACAUCCCCCCUGGCGUUUGGGGAGGCAGUCCUAGGGGUGGUGGGGCGCAGCGCGGGGACUCUCGGGAACAAGGAACAGCUUUGGAGGAUGUGGAGCGUGGUGGUCAACCCACUGACUGACACCAUCACACAGGUUAGAAAGGGACACACCAUAUAACUGACAUCUGUAUAUGUACUAUAACCGCACUGAAUGUGACGCUUGUGUGUGUUUAGAUGCAAGAACAAUUUCAACACGGGGUCACCUUAAACUACUAUUAUUAUAUUUCACCUACGUGUUGCAUAGAUGGAGAUGGCAGUGGAGAUUGGUUUAAUAAGAUUUUGCUCCCUCCUUGUCACAGAGCAAUGAGGUGAACCAAGGAGAUGCUCUGGAGCACAACUUCAGUGCUGUGCACACUGCCCUGAUGUUCCCCAUCACACACCUGCUACCUGGCAAGGUCCUGCCACAGGUGAGUCUGAGAUGGCAUACUGUAUCUAGACCUGCCAACCUGCACGCAUUUUGCGUACCAUGCAUGCAAUUUGAGGUCAAUGUAUGCUGGUAUGAAAAACAACCCUUAAAUACACAACAAUGGGCUUCUAGUUGGCACAUUGUGGUUUUUGACAACCGUCUGAAGUUGGAGCUGAGCCAAUUAGAGAUAUUGGGCGAGGAGAAAAAAUCUCUAGCUCUCCGCUCCGGCCCGCCCCCCCGUAGUCGUAGUACUAUUUUCCUCCCUUGAGCUGGAUGGCAGUUCUCCACUCCGUUGAUACCACUGAUGUGUGAGGAAAAGUGGUAGGGAAAAUGGAGAACGAACUGUUUGCCAAAUACAUGUUCCAAAAUUGUAUGUGUUGGUCAAGCACAUAACCACUUAUUUCGUAGUUGGUUCCUUAGCUAAGGUGUCAUUACGACAAAGGUAGUUAGCUACAGCGUUUAGUCAACUAAGCGAGGACACUUUCUUGCACGCACAUGCUUUGAUCUUCACAACGUUAGUAUGAGCAAGUGCAUUGACGAGCAGAAACGUUAAUGUCCUUCACAGAAAGUUGUUACUGUUCAAGAUUAGUUGGCCUAUUAAUCAGUUCUUGAUCUGUCCUCUUAAUAUAGCUGUAGGCAUAUGUCAACAGUAGGCUGCGGAUGUGAUAAUAGUCAGUUCACCCAUGACAAGGCAUGUUGAAUGAACGGUAGCCUAGAACACAGACCUAACUGGAUGGAUGAGGUCAGGGAUGGAGAUCUGAAACAAGCUCAUAUAGGCCUUGUUCAGUUGUUUCAUAUUGCAAAUAGCCAACAGUAAGCUAGACCACUACAACAUUCAGAAGAAGCCAGUUUACAUUUUCACUAGACUAUCCACAUAGACACCUGUUAAUUAGAAUAAUCAUUACCCCUACAUUUAACCUAGAAAAAUGUGGAAGUGUCAUUGAGACCACCUCAAUUUCCUUUAGCAUCAAACACAUGUUGGGUACAUCGUUUUAUAUAAUGGAAGACUUUAGGUUUCAGGAAAUGGCAGUUACAGGUUUUUCAAAAAAGCAAAAUGCUCCAACUUCCUGAGGGGGAAGUUGACUGACCCCCUUCCCGGCCUCCCCCCUACCCAACCUUAGGCCUACAUCAGCAUUUGCCUAUGAUUUGAGCAGUGUGGGUGUCACACGCGCGCCAUUGUGGGGUCCGCGGGUCAGGGGGGGGGGGUGUGAGAGAAAUUAACAUGUAACAUGUUUACCUGCUUUGUUUAAUAUUAAUAGUUAACAAUUAUAAACUGUUCUACUAAUGCUGUGUUUUUGUAAAGGGAUGGUUUCUACUCCAGCUCCCUGCAGCUAGUAUAGGCAUGUGGUCAAGGACAUGGAGUUUUACUCGAGAUAGGGGUAUCUGGAGCUGACAACUGAUUUGGGGAUGGCUAGGUGAUAAAACCAACAGCCACAUUCCAUUUCAUGAUUAAUGGCGUGUGAGAGGGAGAUGUCUCUGGUCUGACUGAGCCUGCAUUUUCAUAGACUGAAUUGGUGUUUGUGUAAUGUAAGGUACCAGGGAGAGAUGGCUCGGGUAUGGAUAAUGUUGAUAAGAACCUUGUCUUGGGGGCCAAACCCUGAUUUCCAUACAAUGAGAACAGUCUUCACCGCAGAUAUGGUGUGCUGUGAAUUAUUCAUUUAUUUCAUACAAAUCCUAACCUUUUGACUCAUUCCACACAUCUGCUGUUUCAUGUAGACUGAGAGGGUGUAUCUUUGCUAUGAAAGAUCUUUGUAUUGUUGGGUUGACCAGCCUCACUUACUACCUUAUUAAUACUCGUAAAAAUUAUUCAAAGUUGGCAGGUCUGCAUGUCUUUUAAAAGAUCCUGCUAUAGGAUUCUCCAAUAAACUACAAUUAAUCUAUUGAGUGCUUUGCUCUAAUUUCAAUAAUUUCAAAUGAAGUGCCUUACUGUCAACGUGAACUGAGUGGAUCAGUUUGAGAAAGGCGAGGAGGAGCAGAAUCUCUAAUCUAAUAAUGAGGAUGGGAUGCAGGGUGAUUUGAAGAUAUGUGAUUCUGCGUUGUUCCACUGCAAUGUGGUCAAUCUCAAACAUGCUUUUAUGUCACUGUAGAUGACUCAGAAGUCCAUGCUGGGUACGUGGUCCAGGCUGUAUAAGGUGUUUGCCCGCUGCUCUGCCCUGGUGGCCACGGCCGAGGAGAAUGUCUGCUGUGGGGAGCUGUGUGUCAAGAUGGCUGCCAUAUUGGACAGAAAGGCCCUGAAGGUAAGCGGGAGGGGACCACUGCACUGUACCCAACACCCAACAGUUAUCUAAUUUACCAGAAUUGUUAGCCUUUUGAAUAAUACUGCGGUACAAUAGCUUAUUGUUCAGAUUCAUUGAUCGUUCCAUGCCCAUUUGUUUAUUCUCCAGGUUCCAUCAACGUUGGAUGCGGUUGCUAACAUCCUCCUGGUCAUCGCUGAGAGUGCAGACUUCUCUCCCUACACACCACAGUUUCAGCAGAAGAUGAAAUGUAAGAUGCUUUUAGAACCGUUUUAACCAGAAAUGUAAGGUGUUUUAACCACACAUGCAAGGUGUUUUUUGUUUUGUUUUGUUUUUACUCCUCGAUUGGCGUGAUGUUUGCUUACCCUCCCCUCGUCCCUUCCAGCUCCCCACACCCCUCUAACCUGGGUGCGUAAGAAAAGCAAGGCGCUGGGGAACCUGUCUACCUUCCAUACCCUGCUGGUCCAAUCCCUAGAGACCUUCAAUGCCCUGGAGGCCCCUGAGACUGUCCCUGAUGGUACAGGCCUGGCCCUGGUCUCCAUCCUCUCUACCCUGUUCUCUAAUCUGGCCCUGGCUACAGCCAUCCAGGAGGCCCUGGCCUCUCUCACACAGCCCCUUGCAGCCCUCUAUGAACAGGCUGGUAGGACUCCAAAUGAGCAGCUGAAAUUUACCUCAAGUCUUGGAGCAAAGGUGUGUUGAAAUGUUUUCCAUUUUCUGUCUUUGUCUGUACUGAAAUGCAUCUCUAUAUAAACUGUUGUAUUAAUGUUAUAUACUGAACAAAAAUAUAAAUGCAACAAUUUCAACGAUUUUACUGAGUUACAGUUCAUAUAAGGAAAUCGAUCAAUUGAAAUAAAUUAAUUAGGCCCUAAUCUAUGGGAUUAGGGGGCGCAGCCAUGUGAGGCCAUAGGCCCACCCACUUGGCAGCCAGGCCCAGCCAAUCAGAAGGAGGUUUUCCACACAAAAGGGCUUUAUUACAGACAGAAAUACUCCUCAGUUUCAUCAAUUGUCCGGGUGGCUGGUCUCAGACGAUCCCGCAGGUGAAGAAGCCGUAUGUAGAGGGCGUGGUUACACAUGGUCUGCGGUUGUGGACAUACUGCCAAAUUCUCUAAAACGACAUUAUGGUAGAGAAAUUAACAUUAAAUUCUCUGGCAACAGCUCUGAUGGACAUUCCUGCUGUCAGCAUGCCAAUUGCACGCUCCCUCAACUUGAGACAUCUGUGGCAUUGUGUUGUGUGACAAAACUGCACAUUUUAGAAUGGCCUUUUACGCUUUCUGCGAAUGGAAAAUUUCUGGGAUCUUUUAUUUCAGCUCAUGAAACAUGGGACCAACACUUUACAUGUUGCGUUUAUAUUUUUGUUCAGUUUAUAAGUAAUGGCUACUCUUUCUUUGCAUGCUUCAUAUCUUUAACCGAUCCCCUGUGUCUGGGUGGUAGUCUCACUAUAAGUGUGUUCUUUCCCUGCAGCUGGAGAAGCUCCUGAGUGAUGUCUUGGGGUGCCUGCAGACCCGUUCAGCCCUGGCCUAUGAUGAUGAGCUGCUGUCCCUGCUGUCCCCCCUGCUCUGUGUCCUCUUCCUCCACCGGCGCAAGCAGGUCCGCUCCCUAGCUACACAGUUCUGGAAUGCAACCUUCGCCAACACUCUGGUCCUCGUCUAUCCAGAGGAACUCAAGUAAGAAUCUGUUUGGACAUUAAGAUGAGCCAUAUUAUAUUUAUGGGGCAAUUUCCCAGACCUAGUUUAGCCUACUCCUGGACCAAUAGCAUGUUCAGUGGAGAAUCUCCAUUUAAAACUGCUUUGAAGUCCAGCAAUGCAUUUAAUCAGGGUCCUGAAAACUGGCCCUAAACCGACCCUAAAAGGUUUUCAUGUUUGCUAAUGUUUGUUUUUUCCAGGCCGGUUUUGAGCCAGGUGAAGCAGAACACUCCUAUCCUUCUACCUGGCUUUCAGUCUGUUGAAGUUCCAGAUGAGCUCAGUGGACAGUACUCGGUGAGGGUUUUCCCUGUUGAAUAAGUAAAAUCAGAGCAGGUUUCAUAUGAAUGGUAUAAUAAUCCCUGGAUUAUGUUCUGUGUGUGCAGAGUGAGAGCUCUCAGCUGGAGACCAAACUGAGUGGAGUACAGGUCACUCCUGGGGUGAAGAGAGACUCUCUACUGCCCAGGGCUGGGGAGAUGAAGGACAGGAACUCCAAGACCUCUACCAAGCCCGUCUCUGUAAGGGCUGCUUUUACCCAGUUAUUUCCUGUGUAUGAAUUCCAUUUCAAUUCCCCACAUUGAGGAAAAAUGGAAUUGACUCAAAUGAAAUGGAAUUAUUUAUUCUCCGAACCCCAAAACCAAAUCUUGUGCUAGGCAGCUUUCAUAUUAUUAUGAAGGCUGUCAAAACAGAGUAAGUUGUCUCUAUUGCCACCAUUUGCCAUCAGCAUCAUAUUGGAGCUGACUUUUAUACUCUCCCCAUCAGACGAAGCUUGACUUUGGUUCUCACAAGCUGCCUCGUAGAGAGGAACUGGAGGAGCAGGCCUCGAUAGACUUUGUGUUCAUCCCCCCUGAGACCAAGGAGAGAGUCCUCACUGAGCACCAGAAAGAGGUCAAGAGAACCAAAAGGUCAGUUUCGGGCAAAUCAACUUUGUUAAUUUACUGAAUCUUUAUUUAACCAGGAAGUCUCUACGUCCUAUCUCUUUUUUAUUUUAGCCUUAUUUAGACAAAUCAAUGAAAAGUUAUAGAAAUGCUUACAUUUUCUCACUGUAUAAUGCUUUUGUAUGGGUUUUAUUUGAAAGGGUUGACAUCCCUGCCAUGUACAACAACCUGGAUGCUUCCCUUGAUACCACAGUCUUCACCCAGUACACACAGAGUCAGGAGGAAUCACUGUAAGUAGUUGGCUGCUGCCGUCACGCUGUAUAACACUAAUCUAUCAAGAAAGACUGCUUUGCCUGGGACCCAAUGGUUAAAACAUCCAUUUCUUUUUCAGGGACAAAUUGCCAGCAGAUGAGCAAGCUGAAGAUGCCGCUAAAGAUGAGGGUAAAUCAGAGGUAAAGAGAAUCUAACAACAGAAGUUAUUCAUUGUUACAUUUACCCCCUGAGGUCUGAAUUAUGGCAUUGUUUGCCCUGAUAAGCUGUUUUCAUUUAAAUUAAAACAUAUAGAUGCCUUCAAAGCCAAAAGCCUUUUUCCUCAAAUGAAAGUGAAAAUACAAAUGGAUAAAAUGUCUCUGCAUUCUUUUCUACACAGGAUCCAGAGGAAAACAUGGAAAUGGAGGAUGAAGCUUCUGAGGUUUUGGCAAAAGACACCCAGGAAUAUAUCAGUCCAACCAAUGAGCCGGCAGAACCGGCAAUGGAAGAGGAGCCUGCUGAGGAAGUACUUUCUGAUUCUGCAGACGUUUCCAUGGAGGAUGCCAACGAAGUCGUUCCAUUGCAGGUCUCAGAUGUUGCCAUGGAGUCUAGAGAAGUGGGCACCAGCCCAAAUGUUUCUGGCGGCUCUGAUAUGAUCUCAGGGACGCCUCAGAAACACAACAGUCGCCGCCAGUCCUUCAUCACUCUGGAGAAGUAUGCAGAGGGGAAGCCUGCUAGUCCUGCCAGCGUGGUGAAGUUUACAGGCCCCCUCACCAGGACCACUAACAGCCAGGAGCCUGCCUCUCAGGAACCAGAGGCUGAGGCUGACACAGACCGACAGGACUCGCUGGAGACUAAAAAAGCAAGACAUAAAAGCUCCAGGAAUGAGUCUUUCCUAAAGGAGGGAGAGGAACCUGAACCUUCAGAAAACAAAAAGGAAUCUGAGGUUAGAGAUACUCGCUGAGAAACGACCAAGUGAAACCACAGAGGACGACGUCAUCCCAGACACCCAGACUCAGGUGGAAGUACUGAAUGAAGUUCCAGUUCCUGCAGGUGAAGAAGUAAUGGUAAAUAACAGUCAGGAAGAAGAGGAAUCUAAAGUUCUUCUGGAAGAUUCUCCCAGCUCCCAGUCCACUCUAAGCCAAGGUGAACCAAGGCGGUCCGGACGACAGAGAAGUAGGCCACUGAGACCAGGAGAGGAUGCAGAGGAACGAGAUCAUAUAGACAAACUGAGGAAGAAGUCUCAACCCGGAGAGGAGGCGAGUCAAACUGAUUCACCAAAGACUGCACCCUCUCCUGCCAGUCAAACUGAUAGUCAGUCACAAUGUAGAGCCAGCAGGAGAAGUAAGCUGGCUGUGGAGGAGGACGGUGGAAAAGACAAGCUGAGAAAGAGAAGUCACAAGGAGGUGAGUGAGUCGAGCCAAUCAAAUUCACAGGUUGCCACACCUUCACCUGCUGGUGAUAGCAACAGGCAAUCACAGGGUAGGAGGAGCAACAAAUUGGUCAGGGAAUCAGAGGAGCUGGUCGAAGACAAACGGAAGAGGAGAGGUGUUGCAGAGGAAGAGCUCAGUCAAAGUGACUCCCUAACGGACACUGCCUCUGAUAAUGAUAGACUAUCACAGAGUAGACGUAGUCAGAGGAGUAAGCUGGCUGUGGAAGUAGAGGAUGAUGGCAGUCAGAAACAAAGGGGUAGUCAGGCUCAGAAGGAGAAGCCAAGCCAAACAGAUUCACAUGUAGCCACACCAUCUCAACUAGAGAGUCAGUCACAGGGUAGAGCAAGCAGGAGCAAGGCCGUCAGUGAUUCGGAGGAGUUUGAUCUCCUAGACAAGGUUGAAAAGCAGGAUCCUACUGAGGAGGAGCAAAGCCAAAGUGAUUCUCAGAUGGCCACACCAUCUCCUGCUGCACAAACAGGAUAUAGCCAAUCACAGGGUAGAUCAAGCAGGAGGGGUAAAUUGGUCAUAGAGUCCGAAGAACAGGGUAAAGACAAACAGAAGAGGAGAGUUGGCACGGAAAGCACACUCCGUCAAAUUGACUCAAAGAUCACCACACCUUCAGCCACUCCAAAAGACAGCCAGUCACAGGGUAGAGCAAGCAGGAAAAGCAAGGUGCCCCUCGAAGUGGCUGAGUUGGAGGACAAAACAAGUCCAAAUGUGGCCACUGAUUCAGCAGCAGCACCUGAGAUGAGCCAGACUGAUUCUCAGGUUACUCCUUCCGCCACCAGCCAAACAGCCAGCCAGCCGAGGCCCAGAGGCAGACCCAGUAAGAGAAGCAAGUUAGAGGAACAGGUUGAAGGCCAGCAGCAGCCCUACCAUAGAGACUGAGAGCUCCCAGGUGGCAGACCAGGCUGGAACACAGGAAUCCCCACAAGAAAGCAAAAGGACUACGAGACGGAGAGCUUCCCAGGGCUUACUGUCCUCCAACGUGGAGAACUCUGAGUCACACACUUCAGAGACCCGGGAGGAUGCCCAGAAACCCAAGAAGAGAGGCAGGAAGCCCAAAUCCACUGAAGCUCUUCCAAGCCCACUUGCUACUGUCGGAUCAGGAGACCCAGGGGCUUACCAAGAGAUCCCAAUGGAUAGUUCUGAAUCUUCUCUAAAGUCUGAAUCAAAAAAGUCAGACUCGCAAAACCCAUGGAGUGAGGCCUUAGAAGUUAAGAUUCCACAGGAUGUGGAUGAAACCAUUAAAACGAUCAACUCCCUUAAACCUGAAGUGGAAGUUCUGAAACUUCCUCUAAUAACAAAGAACGAUAUGGGGCAGAGGGAGGCUGACACUGAGAUGGUAGAUAUGGAGGGUGGUGUGGUUGACCCUGUUGUUCCAGACAAGGCUGAGCAUGAGAAUACUAAGCCGCCUUCUCAACAGAUCGACUCUUCAUUAAAACCUGAUCUAGAACAACUGAAGAGUCUGCCUUUGUGCAUAUCCCCACGGAAGAAGGAACGUGGACAUAAACUUUCAGAAAGCAUAUCUAACUUUGACACUGUCUCCUCUCAGGAGGGUGACCUUGGGUGUGAAGGGCCAACACGGCUCCAAAAUAAGCUGCUCACUGACUCUGAGCAGGCCAACUCUCCCGUGUCUUCCGCUGAAGGAAAUGCAGUAUCAGGAUAUGACAGUGUAUUCCUUGAACCAAACAAACUACGUACCCCUCCCAUCUCCAAUGGACUCCCCACAGAUACUUCACCAAGCGAAGCUGCGGAGGAGAAACUGAGUCUUCAGGUUUCUGAGUCUUCAGAGGAGAAGGUUGUAGACGUGCCUAAGCCUGUAACUGUGUCCAGUGAGGAGGUGACAGAGGAGCAGAUGGGAGAAGACAAGGAGAACCGACAUCCAGAGUCUACUAACAAUGUUCUAGAGGACCAACCAGAAGAGGUAGUUUUCAUGUCUAUUGUGCAAACCCAACCAGAGGGUUUCAAUGCCUUAGAUGAGGAGCAACAGGAGGAGCAGUACACAUGUAUUAAAGAAGGCCAGCCAGAGUCUGACAACACCUCUACUAGGACCAGAGAAAACGACACCGAGCCUCAGGCGGACGACGUUCAAGAUAUCACUCCUCUCCAAGAGAGGGCGAAAAUGGAUACGGUUCCAGGCCUUGAGUGUGAAGAAGAGGAUGGUGAAGAAACUCAGAUAGACAAUAACGACCUAGAUCUACGUCCUCUAGACUCUGUUGCCCCUCUGACCUUCGACACUCGCGAAGCACCAGUGCCUCUACAUCAUCCAAGUACCUCUAAAGACGUGUUGUACCAAGACUCCCCUCCCAAGCAGAAGGGUUUGGAGGCUAUGAUGGGGCUGGAGGUGGGCCAGAGCCCCAGCAGGAUCAGGGGGGUGUGGACCCCCUCAGCCUCCCCCUCCACCUCUAUACUGAAGAAAGGACCGAAAAGACCAAUAGAAGAGGAGAGUCCUUCACCUUUCACUAAGGUAACAUGAUCCGGUGUACUUAAUCUAUGAAGAUUUACACAUCAUACUAUGGUUGCAUUUUUUAUGAUACGUUUAUGCAUUAUUAGAAUUCUCUGCAUUCCACUAAAUCAGUAUUAAUUGAAAAUUACAUUCGGUUGAAGAGAAUCCUUGAUGUAUCUAGAAUGGCAUUAGCAAGUUCUGAAAACGGUGUUAAAUUAAUCUAUAUUUUACAGUCUCGACGAGUAUCAUUUGCUGACCCAAUCCAACACCAGGAGCUGGCAGAUGACAUUGACCGUCGCAGCCCUAUCAUCCGAUCCAGCUCCCCAAGAGCCAAAACUGCCAGCAGCAGCAUCCCUCAGCCUAAGGUACAUGAUCCACUAGUGAUGUGUAAUAAAUGCAAUUUUAUAUACUUUGCACAAAAUCAUUAUAGGCUUGAUUUAGGGUUAAGAUUAAGUAUGUGCCACUUGGUCAUUCGCGUAAAUCAUUCAUCGUCAUCAAUGGGAGACAUCUGUAGAAAAUGUUAGUUAAUCGUGCCGAUAUCAAGUGAGAAUACCACUGGAUGUGGCCACAGAUGAACAGAACUUUGCCUUUUGACCCUAUUAGCCUAACCUCUGCUCUAUAUUGCAGUAUAUCACAACACCAACAAAGGGCCUACUGAUCCUUAGUCCACGCAAUCUCUGCAGCCCUGCAUACAAGAGCUCCAAGAAAUGCCUGGUAUGUACCCCCAGAUACACAGGAAGUACCCAAGUUAUUUUCAGACACGAUCAUAAAUGCUUACCUUUUAAAUCCUAAUUCAAUAGUUUUUAACCAAACGGAUCAGAUUAUAGAAACCUUAUUAUCAAGAACAAGGACAUUCAUUUUACUGCAUACAGAAGUGCAUUAUAUCUAAUAGUGCAUGAUUGUUGUGCAUCACAUUUUUGAAGAACAAGUGCAUGAGUCCAAUUGCUUUGAUUUCCUUUGAUCAGUGGCUGACUUGAUGAAUGUUGUUUCAGAUCUCAGAGAUGAGCCAGGAGCCAAGGCCCAUCCCUAAGGACUGUGUCUACCCGGCCCUGGUCAGCUGUUCUACCCCUGUGGAGGCGGUGCUGCCUCAGAUCACCUCCAACAUGUGGUGAGGACAUAAAUCCCUAUAUGACAGAAUAUUUUUCUGUCUGGCUAAAUCUGACACACUAGCUAGGUUUCCAUAUAAUUGGCGACAGAUUUUCAUGUGAAUAUUAUAAAAUCUGCAUAAAAACAAUAUGCGCAUUUUCCCACAAGACGUUUCCAUCGAAUUGACUUGUUGUGGAUAAAAUGCCAUGCGUGAAUACGUAGUGUACAUAAAAAUUACUUUAAAAAUAUAUAGGUUAAAUGGGUUUCCAUUCCAACAUUUUUGUGUUUUUAUAUAGCGAAUGUGCCUACUCUGGUUUUGGCAUGUGCGCUCUAGCCAACAGCUGGCAGAUACGGUGCAGGUAGGUUACCUAGGCCUACAUGAUGAGAUGAUUAUGGACAAAAGAGCUAGAUUAUUUGUAUUUGUCAAACGGCAGCCAAGCAUCGAUCAUCAUGUUACCAGAAUAAGACCCUCGAAAUUUAUUGAAAAGGAGUAUCAAGCUCAUCGCCUUGCACUUUCCCCACCCUGUGAAGUUCACCAUCAUUUAUUUCAUCUGUAGCCUAAUAAACUGCGUGCUUUCCUGAGUCGUAGAGGGAGGACCACACAACAUAUCAUUACGUUUGCAUCAAUAUUAUAGUUUUAUAUCAAUAUUUGCGCAUAAAGCGUUUCCGCCGUAAUUUCUCGCAUAAUUAAUUUUACCAACACAAAAAGAUCCCACGUUGUCUAACAUUGUUUUGUCAACAUUUGGAAAGUUUCCAUCAGGCCUGUCUUGACAUGUUUUAUCCUACAUCUACUUUCCUCUUAUAAAAAGGUUGGAUGGAAACCUGGUUAUUGACAGAAAUGUUGAUUUAUUUGCGUUGUUCCUGUCAAAUAAACCUAAUAAGUGUUGCUGACAUCCAAAGCUUCAUAGUGGAGGGUUUGAGAUUUUUCCCCCAGACACGGAGAGAUUCUUUCUUUAAACAUAUUUUUCUCUCUUCCUAUAGGCCUCGUGGUUUUGGUCAGCUUGUGCGAGCCCGUAAUAUCAAAACGGUUGGAGAUCUCAGUGCUCUCACACCCAGCGAAAUCAAGAACCUUCCCAUUCGCUCCCCAAAGAUCUCUAAUGUGAAGACAGCACUUAAAACAUACCACGAACAGCAGGUAAUGCUUAGAACGUUCAGAACAGUAACUUUCCACCACCACCUAAAAAUGCAACUGAAAAUGAAAUCUCUUCUGUUCACCUUAUUAUACCAGGUAAAUACUUUUCCUACAUAGAUUAUAACUGCAGAUAAAACCCAGCUGAAAUGAUGCCCAUCUGUUUGUUCUGUAUCUGACUGUUUGCCUUGUCAUUGCUUCAGCGGAAGGGCCGUAGUGAUGAGUUGAAGAGUUUUGAAGAGAUGGAGAACAUGACGUCAGAGCUGGAGGAGUCAACCCUUCCUCAAAACCAGAAAGAGGAGGACAAGACUCCUGGAGAGGGCCUCGGUGAGUUCCUACCAAAUACACUACACUUGUCCUAAUGGUUUUGUUGCUGCCAAGCGAUUUGAAUUGAAUGUUACUUUAACAAUCAAUCACAUUUAUAGCCCUUUUUAAAGCAACAGUUGUCACAGUGCUGUACAGUAUCCCAGCCUAGGCCACAGUUACAUUACUUUUUUAUUUGUUUUUAGAUCACAUAACUGCAAUAUAUAUAUAUAUAUUUUUUAAAUAUUCUUUAUAUAAACGUUCAAUCUAGUUAUAGCCAUAUGUAGUAUUACUAUUACCUCUCACAGGUCUUCAGUAUGUCAUACAUGGUCUUCUCUCUGAUCCCUGCUGUAGCCACAGAGAUGGAGCAGGGUCCAGAGGAGAGAUCGGACCAGAGCAGGCCUGAUCACCAGAGACCUGAGGGGGAUCUUCUGUCAGAGGUGGAGGCCCUGGGGGCUCGUCUAACUGGAGAGGAACUGAGCCACUGCUCCCCUGACCAGCUUGUUCAGCUCCAUGAUCAGCUGGGAGGGAUGAUGAAGAAUGUAGUGGUGCAGCUGCAGAGCAGACUACUGGCUCAGAACAAGGACAGCGGAUCCUGA